UACAACAAUAUAAAUCAUCUAUUUGUACUUCUUUUUUGUUGUCUUUCAUGCUUCGUAUACAUGUUAAUGGCAUGCUAUGUUAUAAGGUCUUUUUUUUUGUUUCCUGUUUCAAGUUUUAUCUCACUGCUAAGAUAUGAAAAAGCCUAAUUUAGGUUGCUGUCAUGUUUAUGAUAACUACUCCCUCCGUUCCUAAAUAUAAGCCCUUUUAGAGAUUCCAAUGCGGGCUACAUACGGAGCAAAAUGAGUGAAUCUACACUCUAAAAUACGUCUAUAUACAUCCAUAUGUAGUCCUCAUUGAAAUCUCUAAAAAAUCUUAUAUUUUGAAACGGAGGGAGUAUUCAACAUGAUGUUUUUUGUUUGGCAUGCAUCUGGGUCAUACAUUAGCAUUUCCUUGAAAAAAGGAGAUUGACAGGGCUAUGAGUUUUGAGAUGCACCAAACCAGAAUAUUUAAGUUGCCAAGCAGAAUGUCUAUCAGGAACAAGAAAGAAAUGGCUUGCGAGAUGUUUUAGAAGUUUAAAGAUACAAUUGUAAAUUAUUUUGUUCUGCAACAUGCCUGCAAAUGAUGAGAAUGAUAUAAUUGUGUGCGAAAUAAGUUUUUCACAUAAACCAAUACUCAAGAUUUUUUUAAAGAAAUGUCACCCAAUUUUAUAUGGACGCAACAUGUUAAUACAAUCUCCUUAUGAUAAUCAAGACAAAAAGUUGACUUGUCUUUUACUUUUCUUCUCAUAAAGGCAUCCGAAAAUCACAUGUAUCUUCUUUUAGAGAGAUCAUGCUUUAUGACAUGCCCCACAAAUGCAUCCCGCUCAUCCACAUACAUGUAGCAAGUCAAAUCACCUUGAACCAUGUCAGAAUUUCUAGCAAAUUCACCAAAGUACACCAGCUAAAAAUGUAAUACAACUGUAAUCACAGUACACAACACAAGUCAGAAUGCACACUAAAUGGUUCAGAUAUAGCUUGUAGAUGAACCUGCCUGCACUUUCUCAUUUUUCAUAGAUUUUGGGUGUUUCUAAUAAAUUCUACGGGCUACAAACUCCGCAAUAGUUCCCCAAACACUAACUUGAUGACAUGCACUUUCUGGUAAAAAGAAAUAUAGCAAAGACUUAUAGAUAGAAAAUGGUUAUCCCCUUGAGUUAUCCCACGAAAAAUUUAGUGCAUCAAUUUAUUUCCUGCUCUAAGUGCAUCGGGAUAAAUGGCAAGAAAAUCUACUCCCUCCGUCCUAGUACAUAGGGCGUUUAAGUGCCUGCACAGCGACCAAGGAAAAUCGGGAAUAGAGCAGACGAGAGUAAUGAUUUCUGCUGGGCCCACAAGGAAAACCUGGAGUAGCCAACCAGCAUGUCUGUUUCCCCUGUCAUUAAUGAUUAAUUCCCUGCUAAAAAUUUCCGCUUAAUGCGCCAGCAAAUGGAAAGAGCAGCAUGCAAACGUAACUAAAUGAUCGGGGGAAAUGAGGGGAGUAGGGGCCUAUGUACAAGGGAUAUCUGAUUUCUGUUAGGCGCCCAAUGCACUGGGACAGAGGGAGUAAGAAGUUAGCUUAGAAAUUAAAAUUUAAAGUGAGUAAUGGCUUGGUUAUGCGAGCGUGUUGUUAACCGAUUAGCUGGUCCUGCAGCCACCUGGCUUCAAACCUGGCACAAAGGAAGUGAGUGCACCAUGUCGCAUAGGGGGGACGUGUGUCAGUCCAACCACCCGGGGGAGAAAAUACCUUCUAAAAAAAUAAGCAAUGGGUCAGUUACAUGUAAUUGAAUGUGCUCAAAAUCCAGCCCAAAAUGACGAAAUCUCUCAUAAAUUAAUGCAUUAAUAUAGCACUAGAAACAAAAAGCAUUGAAAGGCCAAAUGAGCUCAUCAGUGUCCAUGUCGAGUUGUCAUUGAAUCAUAAUCAAAUCUUUAUAAUCACUCCUAAUAAAGAACAAAACACCUCAAGUUAUCUACAAAAAGGGCAGACGGACAUCUUUCACCAGUAUCGUGGGAUUCUCCUGGUGAUAAGAUAAGGAGGAAUUGAUUAAGCCAGCAGACGUAAUCCAGUUUCUUGUGAUCUAAGGACUCUUGGCUGGAUAAAACUCCUUGUACACCAUUGCUUCACAUUCGAGAACUUUGUAGGACCAGGAACAAAAGUUGAAGGCAAGACCUAUCUUCCAGAAUACUCGGUACUCGUCCACUUGCAGAUUGUAGACUAAACUUGAAAGCAAUUGGUGGUUAUCAUAACACAUGGAGAAUAAACCAAUUGAGCAUCUUAGUAACCGCUUCACAGUAACACCCACAAAUGGAUCUGCAUAUGCUGAGAAGGAAAUGCUAAAGCAGACUAUACUUGCACAGGAAGCUACAUUCCGGAAACAGGUCUAUGAACUCCAUCGUCUGUACAAGGUUCAGAAGGACCUAAUGGCAUUACAAUGCCGAGGAGGUGAAUCAAAGGGAUAUUCUCAAGCCAUAUCAUAUUCAUUACCAUCUGGGGGUAUAAGAAGAGUCCAGCAAAUGGGGCCUCCUGCAGGACAUGAUAUGAGGAAACCUUCUGGAAAAUUCAUGAAGGGAAAAAAUAUAGAGCGUGGCUUGAACAGAGUGGCUAUGAGGCAUAGCAAUAGCGGGUCCACAAAAGAAAUGCUCCUUCAGGUUCCAGCUAAUGCAGAUGAUAGUGAUGAUGAUGUGGUGACAGUAUGGGAGAACCCUGCAAAGAGUUUGCCAAGAAAUAGUGGUUCAGUUGGUACAAAUCUGAAGCUUAGCAUUGAACGCACCUCACCCAUGGACAAGAAUUGGGCCACUGGUUUACAGCCAUCAGGUGUCUCAACAGUGAAUGCUUUGAACAAAAAAGUGAUAGGGUCACCUAGCACUAUGAAGAAGACAAACUUCGCAAGUGUGAGUGCCUCCAGUUCUAAGAACCAGUGUUAUUCAUACGACCAUAAAUUAAAAGAUCGAAGCAGUGGCAUGGAAUGGCUCACACACAAGAAAACUGGUGUUGAUUCCUCAACUGUGCAUUACCAGUCCACCUCUAGCAUCAUCAAUCCAGGAAUAUUUGUAGCAUCCAGCUCCAAUGCUGCACCCAGAUCUCUAUGGCAAAGCAGCGCCACAGAUUACAUGACUAGGAGGCAUUAUGCUGACGCUGAAUUUCCCAGUGCUCAGAAUGGCCGACUUCCAACAUUUCAAAGAUAUCACCGCCUUCAUUCAUCAGAGAUUCCUGGAGGGGCUCAGUAUCAACAUCCUUCCCCAUUUUAUGAUUGUCCCAAGGAUGUGAAUCUGAACAAUGGUCCUCGAGAUGCAACUGCCACUCUAGGACAAGCAAGUGAGAAUGCAUCAAAGGAAAUCUUGUGGGACGGAAAGAAGCUGCGAAACUUGAUGAAGAAAAUCACCAUGAAGAAAUCACAAGUGUCACCGAGUCGUGAGAAUGGGCAUUCCCAGAUUUCUCCUGGUUCCAUGGGUUAUUCAGGAGGUAGUACAAGAAUCCUUGGUUUCACUAUAAGUGCAGCGACCGAGAAAGAUUCUCAACGCUCAUCCACUUCGUCCACUACACACAUGGCCACAGACAGCACACCCUCGAGCAAGGGUGUAGCUGACAUGGAAAUGCAAUUCCAGAACAAGAAGGAUGGCACCAGUGUCAGAAACCUCAUUGACCUGAAUGUUGCACUGCCGUUCAUGGAUGUCGCAGAGAUUGAUGCCCGCCAGUCAGAAGGCGACAGUGUUCCUGAAGAACCAGAUGGUCCUUCCACUGCUGCAGCAAAGAAUCUCAUGGUCAUGCAUACGGGUGAAUUCCAAGCAGGACCACCUCAAGGUAAUAUUCUGCAUUGGUUUGCUGGCCUCGCGACAUCAGGGGAGAGCACAGUGGUCUGUAGUAGUGAAAUGAACAAUGUUGAUACGACUCUGAAGCUUUGACGCUGCAAAUGUUCGACACCAAAGACUGUGUUUCCCACAAAGCCAACUCAAGCAUAGCGAAACCUCAAGAAGACAUCAAGAAGGACAUUGUGUAGGUUCAGAUUUAACUUUAGAUUUCUUAGUUGAUGGGAAUCUACUACUCCCUCCGAUCCUAAUUGUCGCUGAUUUGUACUAAAUCAGCGACAAACUAAUAUGGAUCGGGGGGAGUAAGAAGUUUCGGAGAAUCGAGGAACUAGUCCCAUAGUUCACAACUCUAUCGCGGGCUCUAGAAACGCAAACAUCGUUCUUGUUACCUUUGUUUUACAGCAAACUCUGUUUCAGGAUUUAUUUUUUCAACGAAUGCUUUGUUUUAA